AUGCUCACCAAGAAUUUCAAAAAGUCUGGCGAGUACAGCACACCAAGUGCUAUCCAACCGAGCGUCAUAGAACCCCGGUUUGGCGACCAUGUUGUUGAAGAAACGCUCUCUGAGGACUUGCCAUCUAGCCUCAGCGAGAAGCACCCACCAGAGAACGAAACCCCUGUCGACUCCAAAGGUUACGAUUCGCGAUACUUGGGCAGCGUCAAUGAGAGCUCGGCAGAGUACUGCGCCCCGGAAGCAUCGGAACUACCUUAUAACGGCAGUUCUCAUACGGGUAUCACCGGCGUUCACAGGGGAGCCCGACAAUCAGUUCUCUCACCCUGGCUUUCCGACAUCUACCGUCUCUUAGUCUCAAUCCUUCUCCUCGCCGCUAUCUACGCGGUCCUCCUUUCGCAGGAUAACAAGCUUCAACGAGACUGGAACAUCAACAGCACCCUCAACUCCAUCGCCAACAUUCUCUUGACAUUCUUGCGAGCGUCCGUCGCCACCGUCACCGCAGAGAUCAUCUGCCAAACGCGCUGGACGUGGUUCUGGUCUGUCAGGUCAUCAGACCCAGAUCGCCGCAUGUUGGAUCUGCAGCACUUCACCAACGGCAGCAGAGACGCGUUUGCGGCAUUGCAGCUCGCGAAACUUGUCAGGUGGCGCAGCCCAUUGACGCUCAUGGCGACCAUCAUCUUUGCAACGUCCUUUGCCAUUAGCCCUUUUGUCCAGCAGGCCAUCAAAACCGUUGAACGUACCGUGCCGGAGGCCGGGAAGCCUGCUAGUAUUCCCAUAGCACGGAACAUCAGCGCGGCGCCUUACUUCCUUGGAGACUCUUCUGUUGUGCUGAAGGCGAGCACCGUUAACGCCUUGCAAGCUGCUGUGUUGAACCCCAGUGGUAUCAAAAUUGUGUCAAAUUGUCCCACGCGCAAUUGCAGUUUUACUGGGCUGGAUUCGGGCGUGUCAAUUGCUUCAAUCGGGGAGAUCACACAUGCCUCUGCUGGGAUAUGUGCGGAGUGCACCGAUCCUAACGGAAUGAAACCUUCCCUGUCUCAGGGGCAUUCGACGGAAAUGAUCUUCCGACCGGGUGACCUUUCGUGGGCUGACGGCAUCAUGUCGGAAAAUGCGCGCUCCCUCGCCGGCCUGGCGCUGUUUAAUACGACAGUCCUCGUUAGCUACUCGAGCAUGGUUCAGGGGACGGAGUUGAGGGAGGAACUUCUGUCUCAGGUUCCCAUGUACAAGUCUGAUGGCUUCAACGGCACAUCAGAGGGGAGCCAUGUAGCUACUCUUUCGCCCUGCCUUGAACAUGAUAGAAACUUCACCGCGGAAGCUAUUGCGGAGGGCCGCGAUUUUCCCUCGUCAUGGGCUCCCCAGAAAUGCAUCUACGGCAUCUCAACGGUCUCGCGACCAGACUUGGACCAUUCUUAG